AUGGCGGCGUCUCGUCUGGUUCCCAGAUUACAUUGCCUUACGAAUAGGCUGCCCUUAUCUCCACCCUCACUGAUUUCUAUCUGCUACCAUUGUCAUCAAUCAGUUUCAAUCCACUGUGCCGAUGACGUUCACCACGACGGCGGCUCCAAUUCAUCAUCGUCACCGCCGGUGGAACAAUCUCUGGCCGGCUCAAUCUGUUCCAUGGUAAGCGAAUCAUUCUGGCAGCAAACUUCUCACGCGAGUAAAUCGCCCCCAGAGCUCGUUCUGGGGAUAAACCCUGAGGAUUUGUCCCGCGAACAGGCCAUCACAGUUGUUGCUUCGCUUGCGGAGCAAGAGGGCUCGAUGGUGGCUCUUAGUUUCUUCUAUUGGGCGAUUGGGUUCCCCAAGUUCAGACAUUUCAUGAGGUUUUACAUUGUCUCUGCUACUUCUGUACUUGGGAACAAGAAUUUUGAGGUAGCUCAUGAAGUGAUGCGGUGUAUGGUGAGGAGUUUUUCUGAGAUUGGGAAGUUGAAGGAGUCUGUGAACAUGGUUAUUGAGAUGCGUAACCAGGGAUUGGCAUUGAGCUCUAGGACAAUGAACUAUAUAAUCGAGAUUGCUUGUCAGAUGGGCCUGUUUGAGUAUGCAGAGGACGUGUUUGAUGAAAUGCGUGUUAGAGAUGUGUGUCCGGACUCGACUAGUUACAAGUUGAUAGCUUUGGCUUAUUGCAGAAUGGGGAAAAUGUCAGUUGCAGACAGGUGGUUAGGGGAUAUGGUUGAGAGAGGUUUUAUUGUUGAUAAUGCUACUUGUACUUUGAUGAUUACCGCAUUUUGUGAUGAAGGGCUUGGGAAUAGAGCUUAUUGGUAUUUCAAUAAGUGGAUUCAAAUGGGUUUGAAACCAAAUUUGAUUAACUUUACGGCUCUGAUCAAUGGGUUGUGCAAGAGGGGGAGCAUUAAGCAAGCAUUCGAGACGUUAGAGGAGAUGGUGCAGAAUGGGUGGAAGCCAAAUGUUUAUACUCAUACGGUCUUGAUUGAUGGGCUGUGUAAAAAAGGCUGGACCGAGAUGGCAUUUAGGUGGUUUCUUAAGCUUGUUAGAAGUGACAAUUACAAGCCAAAUGUACAUACUUAUACUUCCAUGAUUAAUGGGUAUUGCCAAGAGCACAAGUUGACUAGGGCAGAGAUGUUAUUCAGCAGAAUGAAGGAGCAGGGAUUGGUCCCCAAUACCAAUUCGUAUACUUGUCUCAUCAAUGGACAUUCUAAAGCCGGAAAUUUCGAAAGAGCGUAUGAAUUAAUGGAUAUCAUGGAUAGUUUUACCUAUGGAGCUCUAAUAAGCGGGCUCUGCAAAGAAUCCAAGUUGGAUGCGGCCCGUCAGUUGUAUGAUACGAUGUUCGAUUGGGGCCUGUCCCCUUCAGAAGUGACCCGUGUGACAUUAGCAUACGAGUACUUUAAACAAGAUGACUCAGCAACUGCAAUUAUCAUCAUGGAGCGCUUCGAGAAGAAGUUGUGGAUACGAACCGCUACUACAUUGAUCAGGAAGCUUGGCAGUGAGAAGAAAGUGGGGAUUGCCUCACUGUUGUUUCAUAAAUUGCUGGACAAGGAUACUAAUGUUGAUCGUGUAACUUUGGCUGCAUUCACCACAGCUUGCUAUGAGUCCAACAAGUAUGCUCUUGUCUCUGACUUGUCAAAGAGAAUUACUCGAUGA